AUGCAACAUUGUCAAGAUUCUACAAGAGCGUUUCUUGAAUCUGGUUUUUCUGAGAGAAAGAACAGGACGUCAUCUAACAAUUCUCAUUGCGCAGUGGUCACUUACGUCAACUUCACCGAGUGUGGCUUUUCUAAAAAUGCAGUUGAGUCAGGUAACAAAACACAUACAUACACACACACAAGCACACAUUCACCACUGUUACACCUUCGACUUACAUCUGACUAUAGCACACAGACCAGUAGACAAAACGUCCCGAGCUCUUUCUGUAUACAUUGA